AUGGCUUUUCAGUUUUAUGUAAAAACUAUUGAUAAUUAUUCAAUACGGUUUUUUUCAAAUAUUCCAAUUGAAAAUUUAGAAAAAUUUAUUCCUGAAUGUCCAAAAUAUAUUCGGAAUCCAAUUGGACGUAGAAACAUCACCAUAGAAGCACCAACAUGGUCUGAUUUAGUACGAUUAUAUACUUUGUCAACUGAUAUAACAUCAUCGACAACUUCGGUUCGUAAAACGUUUUUUAAAUUAAUAAAGCCUAAUAAUAUGUCAAAAAGGGAUGUUGGACUUUGGGGUCCGACUGACUGUAAACCAGAUGAAAAAUUGGCUAUCAUUGUUCCUUAUCGAAAUCGAGAUGUACAUUUACGUCUGUUUGUAAAACAUAUGCAUGAAUUUUUGAGAAGACAACAAUUAAUGUAUACGAUAUUUGUGAUCAACCAAGAAGGUGCAUCUAAGUUUAAUCGCGCAUUACUACUGAAUAUCGGAUUCAUUGAAUCCCAUCGAGUUGCAUAUUUCGAUUGUUUCAUAUUUCACGAUGUGGAUUUAUUGCCAGAAGAUGAUAGAAAUAUGUAUCGAUGUUCUGAACAACCAAGACAUUUAAGUGUUUCAAUAGAUCAAUAUAAUUAUCAACUGAUUUAUCAGGAAAAUUUUAAAGGUGUAAUUGCCAUCAGUCGUCAACAAUUCGAGAAAGUUGGUGGUUUUUCAAAUGUUUACUUUGGAUGGGGAGGAGAAGAUGAUGAUUUUUAUAAGAGAAUCAUCUAUCACAACUACAGUAUUGUGCGCUAUCCAGAGGAAAUCGGUCGCUACAUUAUGCUGAGGCAUAAAAGGGAUUCACGAAAUGAACCUAAUCAAAGGCGCUUUAAUUUACUGGAAAUUGCUGAAUCUCGUUUUAACAUAGAUGGUUAUUGGACUUCUAAUUACACAAUUAUAAAAGCACACUCAUUAUAUAAUGGUCUCAUUUAUUGGAUAUCUGUUGCUGUUUAA